AUGGUGCCGACCAGAGUAGUAUCCAUGGUGGAUCGGGCUGGACGGCAUCAUGGUGUCCAAAUGACAUAUAAGCCACUUGCAGACCGCCUCCAGGCUGUCCUUUAUGAGGCUCCACAAGCGUGUUACACGGAUCUCGUGCCCCUGGUAAGGCGGGAUGCAGCUUUGGGAAAUGUCAAGUGCGCCAUGGGGGUGUUUGGCACGUGUACGCCGCGGUAUUCUUGCUCCAUCAAGUGGUGUAACAUGGUCGAGGCUUUCGGAUGCAUGCCUGCUUCCGUCACAAAGGUUGCAUGGUACUGCAUCCGAACGACGUUGAAGAAGUGGGUGCAAUAGUUCCUGCAUGGUGCAGAAGACGACGACGACGACGACAUACAUCGUCCACAGAAGCUUGUUCGAAACCCUGGGCCAC